AUGUCUUCUGUCGGUAAAGUUAUCAUGUGUACGGGUGGAAACAGAGGGCUUGGAUACUCAAUCCUCCAAAUUGCUGCGAAACGCAAUUCUAGUGCAACCUUCAUUCUCACUGCUCGCAAAAAGUUGGAUGGGCAGACUGCAGCUGAGCAGUUGAUCAAGGACGGUAUCACUGCAAAGGUCGAUGUCAUCGAGCUGGAUGUGACCGACGAUGAACAGAUUAUGGAAGCGAUCAAGUAUGUUGCGAUCAAGUACCAAAAGCUUGACGGCAUGUUUUCACUGGUUCUCAUCAAUAAUGCCGGAGUCAUUGAGAUUAUCCCUGAUUUAUCUCUCCCAACCCUUCGCAAAACAUGCAACAGCAUGCUGAAUGUCAAUCUCACAUCGGUCGCCGUUCUGACCUCUGGAUUUUCCCAACUUCUUCAGAAAUCGGCAGAUCCAAAAGUCAUUAACAUAACUUCAGGACUUGGCAGCAUUUCGAACACGCUUAACUCUGAGAAGAAGAUGGCUGUAUACCCACCAUAUGGGUUCAGCAAGGUUGGCUUGAAUGGCGUAACUGCACACAUGCAAGUCUUUGAGAACCAGAGAGUUCUCAAGGAGAAGGAUGGAGGCAAGCCAGCAAGUGGCAAGAUCAAUUUCUAUUCCGUUGCUCCCGGGUUUCUCAAUACAGGCUUCACUGGGUUCAAUGCUAUGGGGAGAGAUCCCAAGGAUGGUGCUGAGGUCGUGGUUCAGAUCAUUGAGGGAGAGUAUCCAGGAGGCACACAGUGGGAGUGGGUUGAUGGAUCCAUGAAGCAGAUUCCCUGGUGA